AUGGCAGCACUCCAUCCGUCCAACCCAUACUACAACAUCGCGCGGCACCAAGAAAGACCUGUUGGUGAAACGACAACCUCGCCCUUGGACUCAAACGUAGCAGCGCCACCAACACCAGGAAAUGUCCCACGGUCUGCCUCGGUCUCAUCGCAAACAGCUCCGUCCUCACGAGGCCAGCCAGCGGAACAGAGAAAAGGAUCGACUAGCAGCCAAACCAACCGAAACGUAGCAAACUUCCGCACACGAUCAAUCGGCGGUCCUUGGGGAGGGGUCUACUUUGAACGCGACGUCGACACCUCCCCGCCCAACGACGACGAGAUCAUCAUCGCCACUGUACGUGUAACAGACUCGUUCCGUCGAGCAAGCGUAGAAGGCAACUCGGAGCUGCCGGAACGACCAAGAAAGCGCAACUUCCUCCGGCGAGUCUCAACCCGUGUCUCUUCGCCUACGGAUGGCAACCGGUACACCGCGCUGAAGAUGCCGAGGAGGGAUUAUAAGAAGUAUUUUGCCAGAGACCGCGAUGGGAAUUAUGCUGGCACAGCGCCGGAGGUGGAGUGGUCGUACGAGGAUCUUCAGUGGAGGUUUGGGGUUUACCAGGAAAUGCCGUUGAGGACAAUACCUGGAGGGCAGGAGUAUGGGGAAGGUGGUUCUUCGGACGAGGCAGGCAGAGUGUAUACUAUCGGAGGGGCAGAUGAUCUCCAAGCGUCUGGAAGUUUCAGUGAGAGCCCAACGAAGCAAGAAGACGUCGGAGUUGAUCCGAUGAAAACCUGGAGCGGAUUUGAAAGCGCGAGCGAAGAGCGGCGAGAAUCCUUGAUAUGA